GGCAGUGGGAUGUGCUGUGGGUGAUGUCACACGCGAUAGCGAUGGUAGGCGUGCAACAAGCAGGGCAGUCUGUUGCGUGAGAGAGAGACUGUGGGACAACGAGAUGCGCUGGGACCCUGGCCUUUGGAUUGGCUUCAGACUCCAAUGCAGUGAGCACAUGGGUAUCUGCAGUGUGUUCCCUUCAGCAGCGUUGAGAUUAUGGCCUGAGGACAGCUGCACUCUGAGUUGGCGCCCAAUGAGUUGCUUGCCAGAACUGGUGAGCACAUGUAUGGUAACUGGUGACAGCUGAUGCAGGGUACAGGCAACAGAUAAGUGCCGAUGAAGAUUUUUGGGUGUUUUUGUGUGGUGGCUGGUUUCCAUACUUUCGAGAAUGCAAAAGCUGCCUCCCAGCCGAGGGAAGGUGCUGUCCUUUGCCACACACUCAUUUGCCACACACGGAUUUUGGGAACAUCUGUCGUCGUGAUGCUCCUGGAUGAAAAGGCAAUCACGGAUAUACAAACAGCACAGUCAUUUGAUAUGGGUGGCAGUUUAGAGAGAAUCAUUAUACAUUGUGAAUCUUUGUGAUGUUAUAAAUGGUAUAAUGAUGUUGAGAGGUGGGCAUACCGUCAACAAGCAGACCCUUGAUGGGUGGCUUAUGUCUGUAGUGGCAAAGCCAGGAGGCUGGCUACUGACUGUCCGCUGCGGGGAGCCAUCUACCUCUCCCGCGGACUGUCCAUUUCACCCCCUCUGCUGACUUACCAGCAGCAUGCACGUGUGAAAGCAGCUUGAGAUAAGUUUACAACUGUUAUAACUGGAAAUUAUGAUGAUGGCGAUCACCACAGGAGUAGCAGUUGCUGGAGCAGUGAUAAUGGCAAAGAUGCUGCGGAACCCAUCGCGGGCAUCAGAGCUGGCAUGGGAGAAAGGCAGGAGAUUGAGUUUUAGACCAGUUCAUAAGGAUAACGAGUUCUAUCUGUCUAGGGGUGUUCAAGUGAAGGAGGAACUUAAAAAAAACUCGCGCAGUGUAGAGAUCUACAGAAGGGAGUGGUUGCCACAGAGAGGGAGGCCAGAUGAGCCAAAAGCAUUGAUUUUUCUGUGCCAUGGCUAUGCUGACACGUGUGCGUAUUUGAACGAUGAUCUGGCAGUUAGACUGGUUGAGAAUGGGUAUGCCGUCUUUGGAAUGGAUUAUGAGGGGCAUGGGCUAUCGGAAGGCCUGCAUGCGUACAUCCCGAGCUUCAACACACUCGUGGAGGACUGCAUAGAACACUUCCAAAUGAUCAAAGAAAGGUCAGAGUACAGUGGCAAGAAGUGCUUCCUCUUUGGAGACUCAAUGGGUGGAGCUGUCAGCAUCAUAGCACACUUGAAGCGACCAGAAGCAUGGGAUGGAGCAGUUCUGGUGGCGCCCAUGUGCCAGAUUUCAGACAAGGCGAAACCACCAAAACUUGUCGUAGAGGUGCUGAAGAAGCUGGUGGACUUUUUCCCAACACUGCCAAUUGUCCCGUCAGUGGACAUCUGUGAAGCGGCCUUUAAAGUACCGGAGAAGAGAGCAAGAGGAGCCAGCAAUCCGGUAGGGUACCCGGGGCGACUAAGGUUGAGAACAGGACAGGAGCUGCUAAAUGCAGUUGAGCAGAUUGCUGAACGCAUGGAGGAAAUAAAUAUGCCCUUCCUUGUGCUGCAUGGUGGAGCAGAUGUGCUCACGGACCCUAGCUACAGCAAAGAGCUGUUCAAGCGAGCGCAGAGUUCGGACAAGAGCAUCAGAAUGUAUGAGGGUUCCUGGCACAACCUCUUACAUGGUGAGCCCGAUUGUGUCGUGGACAAGGCCAUGGAAGACAUCAUUGGCUGGCUUGAUGCACAUAGCAGACUACGGUAGGCAGAUAUCCUGUUAGAACCGACUUGCAAAAUGCAAAUGGCCUGGUGCAUGGUCUAUACCAUGAAUUCGCAAGUUCCCGGUAUAUUUGGUCGGACCGCUCUUCUUGUCCUUCGUCCUACUAAAUUUUGCCCUUCUACUAGGCUUCUAGUGAGACUGUACAAUGGACCCACCCACUCUAGCUUCUGAGAUGAGGAAUUAAGCUGAUGGCUGCUGUGUAACCAUUAUGGCUGCUAGGUUAUCAUGGUAAUUGAGGAAUAGACACAUUCAGGAGUAUGGAAUGGGAGGCAUAGAUACAUUCAGGAGGAGGGCAAGGCAUAGCGGCUACUCUAAUCAAAUAUUUUGAUGUGCUCAGAGUUUGGGUCAGGUCGUCAUACGUUGACUUAAUGUGCAAUGAGUUGCAGGGUUCUAGUGGGCUGUACGUCGGUCUGCCGAAUUUUCUCAGUUCUAGGUCCGGCUGGGUUUUGAUCCCUAGACCUGUCUUCUACCGGGACUUUCCCUUGCUUUCUUUAGUUUUCCUCCGUGGUACCGGUCCGUAGGCCUGUUGCUUCGGUCUGUCUGCCCUUUUUCCGAUUUUCUGUCGAGGUGAAGUUAGGCUGUAGGGGAGUAGUCCGUCGGGUCAGACGCCUACCGUCUUCCCCCGAACAUAACGCACCCUAAAAAUGAAUGUAUACGAGUCGUAUUUCCGGCCAGAUACAGCCAAAAUAAGGGUGCGUUGUGUUCGGGGGAAGACGGUAGGGAGGGGAACAAAAGUCAGGCAGUUGAGGGGGUUCGGGUUCUUUGGUUCUUUUUUCGCGACACGCUUGGAGUAGAGGCCGCGCCUGGAACUGCUGCGCUAUUUCCCCAGCACAGGUCUUCUUGAAGCUCAUUGUGAGAGAGCUGGCGGCCAUAUCUGCCUCAGGCCAGCUCGAUUCGUGACAGCGCUGGGAUAUAUGCCUUCAGCGCUGGUUGGCGCCUCCCUCUCAGUGUGCUGUUGGGGUUAUUUCAGCUGCCUUCGAAGCAGCUUCGCUUGGGGCCUUCUUCGAAGUGCUGCAUGUCUUCGUCUUCAUAGAAUUGGUGCUCUUCGUCUUCAUCCUGGGAGCUGCACUCCCCUGCUGAGUGGACACGUCAUCUGCUGUGGCAUUCUGAGCCACACGGGCCCCUGUUAGGGCCCGGUUCCAGACAGGCAGGGUAGGCCUAAGGGACGACGGUUCAGAUGAGCCCCAGAUGGGCCUGGACCACGGCGGUUCAGGCAGGCCUAGGGUAGCGGCCCAGGCUAAACGGCCACAAGGCCGGUACUGGUCCAGCAUAGGACCUACCGGCGGCGCUGCAGAGGCUGCCACAUUUAGACGCCAAGUCCAGUUUGAAUCUGGACUGUCGAUUCAGAUCAACGGUCCAGGCCGGUAGGUACCAGCAGGUAGGAGGCCGGCCCAGCACUACAAAAGGCUGGGUACCAGCCUCACUUUGCAGCGUUAAGGAGAUUAGCGCAGCGCAGCCACGUUAGCGAGAGCAGCCAGGAGACGACGAGCGCAGCAGCGAGAGGAAUAGCGCAGCGGCCCUGCUGCGCCAUAGCUACCAGUCAGGUACCGGGAGGAAGGCUUUGCCUUCUCUCCCUCUAUUCCUCCGCCCCAGCUCUCUCUCUCUCUCUCUCUCUCUCUCUCUCUCUCUCUCUCUCUCUCUCUGCUCCUACCUUCUCAGUCUAAGUCUACUUCUGGGUUCUCUUACGGGACUACUACCAGCAUGAAGGAUGGUUACGAAUUCUGAUAACAUUGGAGACAGCGACAUUGGGACUAUAGGUUGAGGACUACUUGUGGGAUCUGAUUUCAUCUUUCUCUGGAGAUGUACUUGACAUUGUGAGAUCGAUAUCUGAGACAUUGUGGGAUACUGUAUGCACGACAUUUCGGGUUUUCGACAUCUCUGAUAUUUCAAGAUACUAUCUUUGGAAACAUUGAGUUGACGUCAUCUUCCCUCUCCUCCUCCCUUCGUCUCUCUCCUCCCUCCAUUCGUCUGUGGAUGAUCUCAGACCCUGGCCUUUCGUCUAUGUCUAAGGCCAGGGCUUUCACACCCCUCAUGAAUGUUUGAGAGUGUUCGAUUGCUGUUACAGUCCGCGACUUCACACGGGCCUUCACAGGCCCGACACACCGGUUUAGGGGUACCCAGGCCGGCCUUGCCAAAGGCCAUGCCUUUUUCCUCCCGGUAGGCCCUAUUAGGCCACCGGUUGGCCUCAGCGCCAGCAGACCCAGGUCUGGCCCAAACGACAAACCGUUUGGGCCUGGCGACGCUCUUGAGGCUGCCGCCCGCCGGUCUGGGCUGAACGGUCAUUUCGCCGGUUCAGCCCACGGUGCAGGAGGCCAGCAUUGAGGCCGACCGGCCGCCGGACGGUACUUAGGCCGGUCCAGCGGCCAUUCCUGCAGGUUGGAACGAGGGAGCAGCGAGAGGCAGCGCUGCGCUAUUUCGGUUUAGCGCAGCACCAGGAACAGCAGCGCAAGGUUAGCGCUAGGCUGCAAUUCGGGAUAGAGAGGGAGUGAGAUACUUACCUGGUACUUACCUAUGGCGCCAUAGCUUCAGCGAGCUUCGACUGCAGAAGGCUUCAAGGCGCCACCUUGCAUCCUGCAGGUAAGGUCUAGGGACAGGACAGGGCAGUGAGGAUUCUCCUCCUCCCUACCUCACCAUCUCUCCCUCCUCUGCUAUCUCCAUCUUCCUCUUCUCCAUCUCCAUCUUCUUCUUCUUCUUCAGACUUCUUCUUCUUCUUCUUCAGACUUCUUCUUCUUCUUCUUCUUCAGACUUCCUCUUCUUCUUCUUCAGACUUCCUCUUCUUCUUCUUCUUCUUCAGAUUGGAGACUUGCUACGAGUUGGACAGAGAUCAGUGUUGGACUUCGGUGGUAAGMGGCUGYGAUACUUACCGGAUUCGAGACUUGGAGAUUGUUGGGGUUGAUACUCGGCGGCAUCACAGAUU